GUCGUUCUGAAAGAGCGGUUACAAAAUGGAAGGUGUAGAGAAAAUUGACGCAGGAUGCGUUUAUCCAAAAGAGUACAUGAAGAAGGUGGAAACUGAGAUAAAUCUGUUUCGCGAGUUCAACAAUCAACUCCGUACUUUGAAGAAACAGUUGAAACAACAAACACUGAAGGUUGAUGAGAGGGAGGCUGAUAUGGAGCUGUUAAGUUCUGAGCAAAGGGAGUUCCUGCAGCAGAGACCAGAUCGAGAUGUGUUCAUCAAUGUGACAAAGAAGUUUAUUAGAACGUGUGAAUGUUUGGCAAAAUUAAUGGAGAUCAGUGAUAAGAAGUUCAAAGUGAUAGAGAAACAAAUGCAAGACUAUUGAUUAUGUUAUAUUUAUAAAUUAUUAAAAUUAAA